GCGGCCGUUAACCGUCGCCAACCGCCACUCUCUCCCUCCGCUGCCAUGAGCGGCGGCGCCCGCACGCGCGACAGGAGGAGGAGGGUCGCCCGCCUCAUCCCGCUGUCCUCCGGCAGCUCGGAGGGCGAGGAGCCCCUCAGCCCCUCCGGCUGCUCCCCGCUUUCCCCGAGCGAGGAGGAGGAGGAGGAGGAGCGGGCGGUGCGGUCCCAGAGCCGGCGAGGCCAUAGGAAGGUUGAAGACCCUGAAAUAACAGGCAGAAAAAAAGAGUCACCUUUGAAAGAUAAUCUUUCACCAUGGGAAGAAUGGUUCAUUGGCAAAGAGAAGGAACUACGUGCUCGCUUACAAGCUAGAGCUGCAGAGGAAAUAAAUAUACAGCUUGAGAAGAUGAAGCAGAAGCAAGAAUGUGAAAGAAGGAAAAGGAUAGCUGAAGAGAAGCACAAGGAAUGGGUCCAAAAAAAAAGAGAAGAGGAAAGAAGGGAAAGGGAACGAAAGCUGAGCAAAGAAAUGGCAGAAAAAGCCACAAGGGAACUAGAAAAAAUGCAGUUACAAGAAAAGGCCGAAGUAAAGUAUAAAGAAUGGUUAAAGAAGAAGAGAGCUGAAGAGGCAGAAAAGAAGAAGAAAGAGAAGGAAAAAGAAAAAGAAAGGGAAGCUGAACUACAGGAAAAGAAAGCAAGAUCAGAGAAGAUAUUUAAGGAAUGGCUACAGAAUGCUAGAAAUAAACCACGCCCUGCUUUAAAUGGUUAUGGCUUCCCACGUGGGAAGUCUGCAGGGUCUGCUGGUGGAAAUUUGUAUCCAGCUCCAGCAUAUUGUAACCCCAUUCCUUGGAAACCUAUACACGUACCUCCUCCAAAGGAAGACAGUGUUCUUACCAUGAAGAAGACUAAGAGACCUGUAUCUUGUCAGUCACAUGCAUCUUUGCCUAUGGUAAUUUAUAAGCCCAAGAACAACCCUUGUAUCAGGUCCUUGUGCAGAAAGCAGUUAUAGCACAUUAAACAAAACUAUUCUUAUGAUCUUGAGUGAACUGGGCCAUAAAUAUGAAGUUAUAUCUAGUUACAUGUCCGAAGCAACCUGCCUUGUUUUUAAUUUUUGUGAACAGGUUUUGUUUUUACAGCCAACUGACCAAUCAGGUUUUUUUUAAUAUGAUUUUCUUAUAUGUUGCAUUUUGGUUUAAAAAAAGAAAAAGAAAAAAAGUCUUAUUUAGCCAAUUGUAAUGGGACUGUUCCUUGAUACCAAUAAAACACACAGGAUUGUUUCUUUCUUUCCUCCUUU